AUGCCUAAAAAGCUAAAGAAAUACUAAAUUAGGCAAAAUAGCUGUCAUGUAGCUAUCAUGUGGAUUUUGUUCCAGGUGUCAGAAUGGACCGUGGACUACAAAGUUCCUGGCGGGACGGACAAAGAGGGCUGGCAGUACGCGGCAGACUUCCCCACGACGUUUCACGGCCACAAAACAAUGAAGGACUUUGUCAGGCGCAGACGGUGGACCAGGCAGUGCAAGAUCACCGUGAGAGGCCCGUGGAAGCAGGUCCCGCCCAUCCACCUGAGCGACAUCUCCAUCAUGCCCUGUCUGGCCCAGAGCCGGAUGGAGCAGGUCCCCGUGUGGGCCAUCAGCGACAAGGGAGAUGUGCUGUGUCGCCUGGGGGUGACGCCCCUGAACCCUGCGGGCAGCUCCUGGCUCCACGUGGGCACCGACCAGCCCUUCAAAUCCAUCUCCAUCGGUGGGGCCAACCAGGUGUGGGCCAUCGCCAAGGAUGGAGCCGUGUUUUACCGGGGAUCUGUGUCGCCGCAAAACCCUGCAGGUCAGAGGUCACAGAGACAGGAAGGGAUCCAGACUUCUUUAAUCAGCCUUUGAUCUGUGAUUAAAGUGU